CCCGGCUCCGAUAGUAGCUCUGUCGUAACUGUACCUCUGACGUCCAUCGCCAUCAAUACCUUAGUACCUACAUAUUGUUCCCGCGAGAUAAACACCGCACAAUCCGACGUUCACCGCCGAAAUCGCAGCAAUGUCUUUCGCCUCAAGAGCCCUGUUCUCCAGCAGCCGCGCGCUGGCUACCCGAUCCUUCAGCACAUCUGCCCGACGCAUGGCCGAUUCGCCUCUCCCUGCCAGGAAACCACUGGGAGCUUUCCGCGGAGGUCUUUUUGGCUUCCUUCUCGGUAGCUUUCUCGCUGGCAGCGCUUCCUACAGCUAUCUCCUCAAGGAGUACAAGAUCGCCAACGACCUGUUGACCGAGGAUAUUUAUGUGCGUAACGAAUGAGAUCAGGCAAUUGAUAAGAGAGAGCCUCAUCUAAGUUUCCUCCAAUAUCAGUCGCUUGCACAGGUGCUAACAUUGUUCGACCAGACUCUACAAGCCUCCGUCACCCGUCUGAGCAACCACGUCCAGGCUCUGGAGACCAGGACACAGGGCAAGAAAUAGACGGGGAAACGGGAUAAAGACAUAAAUGUGUAAAAUAGUCGGAGCCGAGGGGGUACAGUAAGCUCCGUUGGGUCUCUGGUGGACGUGUUGAAAUGAGAAUGGCUCCCAUUUGCAUUUCCUAUUAGUGUUUGGGUUUGAGAUUGUCAUCAAGACGAUUGGGGAGAUUUGUACGAUCAUGUGCCCUGUUGCGAGCAUACCUGCAAGCCCAAUCAAAAAGAUAUCAUGCGGUCUGUGUAAGAGAAACGUCAAGGUCACGGUGAAGCUGAGACAGAGAUCAAAAUAGUAGUCAAGUCAUGAAAUGGUCCCAUUGCCACGAAAACUAAAACCUAGAGAGGUGCAUUCAAAUGUGAGCACCAAAAAGAACCCGCGCCCAAAAAAGAAAAAAAUCAGAUAUACCCCA